AUGGCAGUCAGCUCAGGGGAAAGUGACGAUAUUUUAAUACAGAGUUUGAAGGAGAAUGCUACGAACAAAAACACCUUACAAAGCACCAAUAACUGGAUAAAAGUCUGGAAGUCUUGGGCUGAUCAAAAGGGUUAAGACCAAAGCAUUGAAAAGUACGAACCGGAGUCCCUGAACAAAAUCCUCGAGCAGUUUUACGCAACAGUUCGUAAGAAGGACGGCGGCGAUUACGAACCUGAUAGCCUUCGUGUGAUGGUUGCUGCUAUCGACCGAUACCUCACAGAGAAAGAAUACAAAUAUUCCAUCAUUCGUGACAGAGAAUUUAAAAGUUCAAAGCAAGUUCUUGAGGGAAAAGCCAGGCUACUUCGACAACAAGGCAAAGGCAAGCGGCCGAACAAGGCACGAAGUCUGACAUCAACCGAGGAAAAUGAGCUGUGGGAGAAAAGGAAGCUGGGAAAGGAAAGUCCGCAAAUUCUUGUCCAAACAGUUUGGUAG